ACAUGUUCAAAACAGCUGAGGACCGUUGGGGCGGCUCAACCAGCUCGACGGACGCCCUGCAUCGUUAGCAUUUUUGUGGGUGUAUAACUUCCUCAACUUGUUCUCCUUCUCACAUUUCUCUCCUGCCUUGUGAGAGUGCUGCCAGUGCGCUCCCUGGUGAGAUCGCCUGCAGACAUGGCCUCGUACACUGCUUACAGCGGAUACACCAAGCCGCCGCUGUCGUACGCCGGCUCCUACUACAACUAUGACGAGAAGCAGCCCCAGUCCUACACGGAAUACCAGGACUCGGUGUACGAGGAGAAAAAGAUCAUUGAGAAGCGGAAGAAGAAAUACGCCAUCUGCUGCGAGGUGGUGGCUCUCGUCAUCGGCUUCAUCGGACUCAUCGGAGUGGCGGCCGUGACGGGCCUUCCCAUGUGGAGGGUGACGGCCUUCAUCGAGGAGAACAUCAUCGUCAUGGAGACGCGCUGGGAAGGGCUGUGGAUGAACUGCUACAGACAAGCCAACAUCCGGAUGCAGUGUAAGGUCUACGACUCUCUGCUCUUCCUGCCGCCGGACCUCCAGGCGGCCCGCGGCCUCAUGUGCAGCUCGGUGGCUUUGACCGUCUUUGCCCUCGUUGUCUCAGCCGUCGGGAUGAAGUGCACCAAAGUGGUGGACCACCGUGCUCGCACCAAGCACAUCGUCCUGGUGGCCGGAGGCGCCCUCUUCCUCAUGGCGUGCAUCACCACACUGAUCCCCGUGUCCUGGACAGGCCACGUCAUCAUCAGGGAGUUUUACAACCCCCUGCUUAUCGACGCCCAGCGACGGGAGCUCGGAGAGGCCCUCUACAUCGGCUGGGUGACCUCUGCCUUGCUUUUCUCUGCCGGAGUGAUCUUGCUGUGCCGCCACGCCCCACGCACCCAGGAGCCCGACCAGAGGAUCAUAUACAACCCCGGCUCGUAUGCCUACCAGCCCGGUUCCACGUACCAACCGUACACUUACCAACCGUACCAGCCCGCGUACACCUCCCAGCCUGCCUACUCUGCACCCCCAACAGCCUACACACCAGUCCAGUACUAGCGACGGGGACUGCACAGAGACAAUGGUUCUUUUUUUUUUUUUUGGCCAAAAUUGGUGUCAUUGUCAUUGAAAAGGCUGAAUAUUUCAUUGUUUUCUCAGAGACGAUGUAAGGUAUUGUAGCCACUGGGAUUUGUUGUUUUUUUAAUCAUAAAAGCAUCAAGUUAAGCAUCGGUGCAUUUGCAUACCAUGGUGACGGUGCUUUAACUCGAUACAUACUGGAUCUCCGUCAUCACAGACUCUGUUGAAAUGCUCUUUCAGAACAUUUCACAUUGGGCCUUUCAGAGAACAUACAGUACCUCCACAUGAUUUCUCUCUGACUUUGAAAUGUAUGUAUAAUGUACAUAGCUGAUUUUUUCCAAAGGGCCAUUAUAGUCAGUGGUCAAUAAAUUGGAACGGAAACAA